CCAAGGAGAAAGAAACAGCACGGUGGAUCAGAUUGUGGCAGCACAGGUCUCCUGAGGAGUAAAUCUCUAGGAAGCUUUGGUGACAACAGCAUCAAGGGGUCCCUGUCGUCAUUGUCAUCCACCUCUAUGGACUCCUUGCGCUUUGUGGGGGAAGAAGAGGCUGAGGUCUUCUGGUACCCCAUUCACCUUCCCCGUCAUCUCCAUCAGCACAUCUACACUCCCCCAAACCUGUGGUAGUAGAAGUUCUGAAAAGCUUGAGGGAGAUUAAAUACAGCCCGGUUAAAACGCCAACACGAAGCAAAAUACCAGUCAGACGUCAGCAGAGAGCAAAAGCGGAAUAUGUCGACCAGCAGAUCCAGAUCCAUAUUCACAAGGAACCAGAGGAGCCAGUGGUGGAAGGACUAGAGGAAGACUGGGAUGCCUUUAUGGAGAUUGGCUCUCCGGCGUGCAGAACACAAGUCUCUGGUUUCCAUCGUAUCCGGGACACAUUAAAAUGGCUUCAGACCCAGCUAAAAGCUUCUCAAGAUGGUGGAACUCUUUCUAAUCACCAGGACUACUCAUCAGAACAGCAGGAUUUGGUGCGGGAGCUCAUCAGAACUCUGAAGUUUAAGGAAGAACUCUUGGAGGACUGUCUAACCUUGCUGCUGACACUGCCGGUGGCCUGUGAUCCAAACGGGGACCUCAUCGCAGAUUUUGUGGAGGAGCUGAGAGUGAGGGAAGAGCAGACAAAGAAAGAAGGGGAGGAGUUAGCUGAAAACAAGCGCCAAAGAGAUGCAGAAUCUGAACGUUUACAGGAAGAGAUGAGAGCGAGAGAGGAGGACAUAAUGCGGCUGACGAAGGUUCUGCGGGAGAAUCAGGACACUAUCACAGCUCUGCGUGACAUCCUGGGGGAAAAGGACUUCACUAUCCAACAUCUGGAGGUGGCACUGGACUCUGCUAUCCGCUCAGCUGAAUCCCAGGACACCCUACGCCUGGCCGCUCUGCGGGAGAAGGAUGCCCUGAUCGCAGCGGUACAAGGCGCGCUGAGCAGCAGCAACCAGGAUGUGGAGGCUCUAGCAGACUCCCUGCUGUCUCAAGGACUGGAUGACUUUGGCGGCUCUCUCCCCGGUCUCUCUGCUCCUAACCCUCUUCUGUCCCAGCUACAAGAGAAGGGUCGCCUCCUGUCUCAGGCCCACACGGAGAACCAGAAGCAGGGUGUCCAGCACCAGCGUGACAUCCAGGAUCUACUGAACGCUCUGAACGAAUGCCAGACGCUUCUCCAGGAACAGCUGCGGCACUGCAAGAAGCGCCUGCAGGAUGCGGCGCAGGAGAAGAAGAUGCUGAAAGAGGCUCUACAGGCAAAGGAAGCCGAGCUGAGAUCCGAGAAACAGAGACACAACUCUGAUCUGUGCCAGGCCCAGGCCAAUCUGCUGCAGCUACAUGACUCGGCCAGAGAGCAGGACCAGGUCACCAAGAAGCUGCUGGUGGAUGCUCACAGUAGGGAUCAGACCAUCAUGAGACUUCAGGAGAAGCUGAUCCUGAGCGGUGUGAUGAGAGACGCACUUUAA